CAGAAAACAUGUUUGAGUCCUAAUUCAUUAAGAAAACGCUGUCGUAUGCUUCCCGUUAAAGUUAGAUUUUAGUGGAUUUGUCAGAUUGCGUGGGUUUGUGACCGCUCAGAUUUGUCAAUUUGUUUUUUAGAGUGUAAAGUGAUAGUGGUGAUCACUUGCGUUUAUUAUCGAUUUCGUUAAUUACCAAUUUUUGGAGUUAUUAGUCCCCCUUUGAUCCCUUCUGUCCAUAUAUACUUAACAGAAGAAAAAGAAAAAAAAAAACCCAAAUCUUUCUUACACUCAAUCUUUGUGUUUGAACAUGCAUUUCACACAUAUUGAAUUCUGAAAAUACUUCUCAUCUUAGCUGAGUUGAUGAACUAACCAACUUCUUUGUUUCAUUGUCUCUUUGCUUUCCUGGGUAAUCUAGGGUUCAUAUUGCAUUUCGCUUUUUUUCAGAAUAGUUUGUUUUUUCUUUUAUUAAAGGAACCACCUUUUUUUUGAUCUGGUUCCUUUAAAUCCGAUCCGACCCCUCAAAACCCAAUUCAAAAAGAUUCAUUCUUCCCACAUUUCUUGUGUGUGGGGAGUUAAGAGAUUAUUACAGAUGAAGAGGUCUAAGUUCGACUCGCUGCUCUCAGUGAGUCGAAUCAGAUCGAUUCAAAUCCUGAUGGGGUUCUUGUUUCUUUAUCUUCUCAUAAUGAGCCUUGAAAUUCCUUUAGUUCUGCGUAAUGGGUUAGGUUUCGAAUCCUCAGAGGAUGACCCCACUAUCUCUAUUUAUACUCUGCCUAUUAGAACCCCUGACGCCCAUGGAUAUUCCGUGAAAGAAGCCUCCCAGUUGCCUAUGCCGGAGAGGAAAAUGGGGGAGUAUAAACAAGUUUCCGGCCUUACUUUUGACGAAGCUGCGUUUGACAGUGUUGGUAACGAUGAGUUCUCGGAGUUGCAUAGAGCGGUAAGGGAUGCUUUUCUUUCUGGGAAGAAGUUUUUGGAAGAAAUUGAGUCGGGGAAUGUUAAGGUUGAUUUGGAAAAUGUGAGCCGAAACGCCAACGAGUCGUGCCCCAGUUCUGUGUCUUUGACAGCAGAGGAGUUCAUGAAACAGGGGAAAUUAAUGGUUAUACCUUGUGGAUUGACAUUGGGGUCCCACAUAACAGUGGUGGCAAAACCAAAAUGGGCCCACUGGGAGAAGGAUCCCAAGAUAGCAUUGUUGAAGGAGCCUGGCGAGACCGUGAUGGUGUCACAGUUUAUGAUGGAAUUGCAAGGAUUGAAGGUUGUGGAUGGGGAGGACCCUCCCAAGAUUCUGCAUUUUAAUCCGAGGAUAAAAGGGGAUUGGAGUGGGAAGCCCGUGAUCGAGCAGAACACGUGUUAUAGGAUGCAAUGGGGAUCAGCCCUGAGGUGUGAAGGAUGGAAGUCCAAAGCUGAGGAUGAAACUAUUGAUGGACAGGUCAAAUGUGAGAAGUGGAUCCGAGAUGAUGACGAUCACUCCGAAGAAUCCAAGGCCACUUGGUGGUUAAAGAGGCUUAUUGGUAAGACAAAGAAGGUCACAGUUGAUUGGCCGUACCCUUUUGCUGAGGACAAGUUGUUUGUCCUUACUCUCAGUGCUGGUUUGGAAGGCUAUCAUACUUACGUGGAUGGGAGGCAUAUCACCUCUUUCCCUUAUCGACCUGGUUUCACUCUGGAAGACGCUACCGGACUAUAUGUGAAUGGAGAUGUUGAUGUUCAUUCAGUGAUUGCUGCAUCAUUACCCACUGCACAUCCAAGUUUCGCCUCACAACAGCAUCUGGAGAUGGAAAGUAAAUGGCAGGCUCCACCUCUUCCCGAUGGACCUGUGGAGCUCUUUAUUGGCAUCCUUUCUGCUGGCAACCAUUUUUCUGAGCGGAUGGCAGUGAGGAAAUCAUGGAUGCAACAUCCAUCAAUCAAAUCGUCCAAAUAUGUCGCUCGUUUUUUUGUCGCAAUGCAUCGAAGACAGGAAGUAAAUGUGGAGCUGAUGAAAGAAGUAGAUUAUUUUCGUGACAUUAUUAUAGUGCCUUACAUGGAUCACUAUGAUCUAGUUGUAUUAAAGACCAUUGCUAUUUGUGAAUACGGGAUUCGCACUGUUGCUGCAAAGUACAUUAUGAAAUGUGAUGAUGACACUUUUGUAAGAGUGGAUGCUGUCAUGAAAGAAGUGAAAAAAGUUCCUAGUGGUAGAAGUCUAUACAUUGGAAACAUCAAUUACUACCACAGACCCCUGCGACAUGGAAAAUGGGCUGUAACAUAUGAGGAGUGGCCAGAAGAAGAGUAUCCUCCUUAUGCAAACGGGCCUGGUUAUGUGAUGUCAGCUGAUAUUGCAAACUCUAUUGCUCUAGAUUUUGAGAAACAUAAGUUGAGAGUAAGUUGUAGUAUCUCAAUUUUCCGAAUUCCCUAUCAUGCUUCCGGUAUCUGUCUUUCUGCCGAUUAACAUAUGCACUCUGUUUUGCAUGCAGCUUUUCAAGAUGGAAGAUGUGAGCAUGGGAAUGUGGGUGGAACAGUUUAAUAGCUCAAAACGAGUUGAGUAUGUGCACAGCUUGAAGUUUUGCCAAUUUGGCUGCAUUGAGGACUAUUAUACGGCGCAUUACCAAUCUCCAAGGCAGAUGAUUUGCUUGUGGAAUAAAUUACAAAUUAAAGGGAAACCUCAAUGUUGCAACAUGAGAUGAUAAUGAUUAUGAUAAGCGUAAGAUGAUUUCGGUCCACCGAAGGAAAGCAUCGUAGCUUGUACAUAUAUCAUUUCAGUUGAUUAUCAGAAGGGGGUUGCUAUUGACAUCCUGAUUAAUCUAGGUUACAUCAAUUUCAUCUGGGCCUAAUCUCAUCAGUCUUUACAUCCUCCGAAUGUUAAGAUGGUUGGGUUAGUAGACUGCUUGAGAAUAGUUUUUGUCAUUUCAGGCCCUGUGUUGUAGACUAUGAAGCGGUAUUGUACAUAAACCCGAACCAACUUGAGUAAGUUGUUUCUGCGAUUCAGUCUCUUUGUCUCUCUUGCGUUUCGCUCUUAUGAUUUUGUUUCUGCAGAAUUUUUGUUUGGUCUUAUCAAUACACUAGAUAAGUUCCUUCAAAGUAACAUUCUUCUUCUCCUAAACGAUAUUGGAUAACCGAAUCCAAUGAUUAAUAAAAUCAGGAAGAUUCACCGAUUCAGAGUCAGUUUUACGCGCCAAACCUCGAAACUUUUGCUUCUUUUAAAUAGAGAGACUACAUAGUCGCUGCCAACUUCCGUCUAUAGUCAGGACAAUUGUUUGUUUCAAGAAAAAAAUUCUGCCAUAUUUUGCUGUCUGAACUUAUUCCCCAAAAUUUUCUUUUUUCUUCUAUCAAUCGGCCAUGGAAGCAUUUGUCACGAAAAACCCUGACAUUACAUUACUUCACAUAAAAAACUAUCAUUGCAUCCCUUGAGACUCUGAAGGCAACAUCAUUCAAUGACGCUGUCAGAAGUUUGGAUAGCACAAUGUUCACGUUGAAGCCUUAUGUCGAUACUACAGA